ACUUGGGUGCAUUUUGUUCGGGCAGGUUACAGCACUAGUCGCCGCCAUUUUACAUUUUACUCGUUGAUAAAUUCGCUUUAUACAUCAAAUAUCUAUUUUGAUUUCAAUUCAUCUCGUCAUCACGCGUUUUCAUUUAUAAAUAUCAUUUUCCGAGAUACUGAUAUAAUGAGUAAUACUACUUCAACACCGUUGUUUGCUUGUUCCCGUUGUUUCUCAAGACAUCCUUUUGAAGAGUUGUCUCCUGGUGAACAGCUUUGUAAGGAAUGUCGCGGUUCAUUCCCUGUUGUUAAGUGUACAUACUGCCGCUCGGAGUUUCAACAAACAAGUAAAUCAAAUACAUCUUCAAUUUGCAAAAAAUGUGAAGCCAAUGUGAAAGCUUAUGGGAAACCCACUGCUUGUGAAUAUUGCAACAUUAUAGCUGCUUUUAUUGGUAAUAAAUGUCAACGUUGUACUAAUUCUGAAAGGAAAUAUGGUCCUGCUGUCACAUGUGAGCAAUGCAAACAGCGAUGCGCCUUUGAUCGACAUGAUGAUAGUAAAAAGGUUGAUGGAAAGCUGCUGUGUUGGCUGUGCACGCAAUCCUUGAAAAGAGCUCUGGCAAGAACUAACCAGCAUUUGUCUUCUGUUGAUAAACACAAACACAGAUCACACAAGUCUAAAAGCAGUCAUAAAGAAAAACGUAAGUCCGACAUGAUGAAGUCAAUGAAUUCAAGUGACUCAUCACAUAAUGAUUCUCAGCCACUUGAAAAGAAAUCCAAGUUGAAUCCCCUGCAAGGUAAACGUGAACUUGAUCCUAACAGUUCUGACCAUGUGGUGGCUAUGACCCAACUGAAGGAAACAAUUGCCAGUUUACAGAAAAAAGUGCAACAAAAAGACAAUGAGCUUCUCGCCAAAGACAAACUGAUCACAGAAUUGAAAGCUCAACACCAUAAUAACACAACAGAUCUUCGGAAUGAAAUGAAAAAUAAGGAGCGUUUGAAUGAGACCAAAUUUAACCUUAUGAAUACAAAGAUACAAAAUCUUUUGAAGGAAGUGGCAACACUUAGCAAGUCUGCCAAGAAGAAUAACAAGAAUACUAAAGCUGCGCUGGCCGCUACAGAAAACAGCGGCAGUGGCACAGAUAGCCCGAGUACCAAUUAGAACAAUUUCUCCCUUUUACAUAUUAUGUUCUAGUAAGAUUACAAACAAAUCUGGAAAAUAUUUUCCUCUUAUUUUUUUACUCUACAAAUGAUUUUAUUUGUAGACUUUUUAUAAUAUUAAGUAUAAGUAGGUUUCAAUUUGAUGACGAUUUAGUUUUUAAUUUAUUAUUGCAAUUAAAUUUGUACCAAUAUUUUAACUAAAGUAUAAACAUAAUUUAUUCAAUGUAGAGAACACAGACCUUAUGUAAUGAAUGAAAACUGAUGCGGGUUAACAGGUAUUAGUUAAGUGAAUCAAAUCUAAGAUAUAUCAGAUUUUUUUAUACAAAAUUAUUGAUCUUAAUCAACAGUGAAAUUAGAGAAAAUAAUUAAAAAAGUACACCAUGAAACUGUUCAUAGUAGACCUCAGUGUAAAAAAAUCUUUCCUUUAGUGAUUCUAUGCGUCGUUUAGAUAAUUUGUUCACUCAUUUUAGAUUAUUUUGAUCAUAUUUUUAGUGUUUUGUAGUCAAUGAUAAAGUUCGGAACAUUUAUACUUUAAUAUUUCUGUAACAUAUAUUACAUGUUCUAAUGUAUAGAAUUAUAUGUAUAG